AUGUCCACUUGCAAAACCAAGUUGAAUCAUCCAAAUUCUUUUUCAGCUACCUCUUUCGGUAGGUCCCAUGUGCAACUUCUAACAUCAUUGUUGGACGCUUUGCCUGCCACACACUUUCCUGCUCUGCCUAACAUUCUCAGUUUCAGUGCAGGAGACAUUCUGAGGACAUUGUUCGAUAACGCUGUGAAAGGACUUCCACUACUAAAUGCAGCAAGAGAGCCACUAGGCGACUUUGAUACUUUUGCAUCAUCUUUUCCUGUUCUUGCAGACAUUUUACCAAAAGAAACAUUUUUGUGGAAACUAAAGAUGCUCGAGUCUCCUUCGGCAUAUGCUGAUUCACGCCUAUAUGCUAUCAAAGCUCAGACUUUGAUACUUUGCAGUAUGAAUAUAGUGUAUGUAUUCACUUUGAUUGAUUGUUAUGGGAAGAGUGGGAAUUCUGAUGGGGCUUUAAGGUUGUUUGAGAGGAUGAAAAUGGAUGGGAUUGAGCCUGAUGAGGUUACUUAUGGUGCUAUUGUUAAUGGGUUAUGUAAGAGUGGGAGACUAGAGGAAGCUUUGGGUUAUUUUCGGUUUUGUAAUGAGAAUGCUGUUGUUGUCAAUGCUGUUUUUUAUUCUAGUUUGAUUGAUGGACUUGGAAAGGCGGGAAGGGUGGAUGAAGCUGAGAAGGUGUUUGAUGAAAUGGCUGAGAAGGGGUGUCUGCCGGAUUCAUAUUGCUACAAUGCGCUCAUCGAUGGACUUUGUAAGUGUGGGAGGAUAGCCGAUGCUUUAGUGCUGUUUAAGAGGAUGGAGUGUGAUGGUUGUGAGCAUACUGUGUAUACGUUUACUAUACUUAUCAGUGAGCUUUUCAGGGUGCAUAGGAAUGAAGAAGCCGUCAAGAUGUGGGAUUUGAUGAUUGACAAAGGGAUAACGCCGAACGUUGCUUGUUUUAGGGCUCUUUCAAUUGGAAUGUGUCUUUCAGGAAAAGUUGCGAGGGCUUGUAAAGUGCUGGACGAGCUUGCACCUAUGGGGGUUGUUCUUGAAACAGCUUAUGAAGAUAUGAUUGGAGCGCUGUGUAAAGCUGGUCGUGUGAAGGAGGCUUGUAAGUUGGCUGAUGGAAUUGUGGAUAGGGGUAGAGAAAUACCUGGGAAGAUUAGAACUGUGAUGAUUCAUUCCUUAAGAAAAGCUGGGAAUGCUGAUUUGGCUAUCAAGUUGAUGCAUAGCAAGAUUGGUAUUGGAUAUGAUCGAAUGCGGAGCGUUAAAAAGAGAGUCAAGUUUCAAACCCUUGUUGACAACUGA